CCCAAACAAACCACCUAUCACCACCAUGGACAAAUUCGCAAGCAUCGCGAAGGGUGGUUGGCACCCCGAGAAAAACAGUAGCAGCAGUAGCAGCUCUGGCGAGAAGCAGGGACUCCGUGAUCGAGCUAAAGGGUUUAUGGGCAAAGGCAACGAUUCGUAUGAGUCGGCGAGCAACCAUCAGUCCAGACCUCUUUCAUCCUUAAGGGACCCUGCUUCAUUUGGGCCUCCGCCGAAACAUCAAGGUUAUCACGGAGGUGGGCAAGCGCGUUCGCCCGGUAGUCCAGCCACGGCCGGGGGUUUUUCACAAAGACAAAUACAAGCAAGUGAAGAGCACGAAGAAGAAGCCAACAGGCCGCCACCUGGGCCGUACUCGGUAAACACGACUGGACUUUCUACAGCCCAUCUACCUAAGCCACCUGCCAGGCGACCCGGCCAGGGCUUACCAGCAGCCACGUCCCCAGCACCUGCAUCGCCAGGUCCACCACGGUUACCUCCGAGACUUCCGCCGCGACAGAACUCUCAUCCAGAUGCAUACGCGCCGCCACCCCCUCCUACUUAUCAGGAGAGUGUGCACUCGCCGCCGGCAAACGAUGCAAUGCUGAACCAGGGCGCGUUAGGCAGACUUGGCCAAGCCGGGGUUUCUGUGCCGGGCUUCAACAUUGGGCGAACAGCUUCGCCCCCGGUUCCUCCACGGAAUACCUCUCAGACCCCGCCGUUGCCGCCGCGCACUGGACAGACUCCGCCCACGCAGUCUCCGGCGACCACGGGACACGGCGGGCAACUUUCCCAGCUGCAGUCAAGAUUCUCUAGGAUGUCCACGCCCUCUCAAGGUGCGGAGACGCCGCAGCAGGGAACAACAUUUGCACAAAAGCAGUCAGCGUUCAAGACGGCAAACGCUCUGCGGACCAACCCUUCAUCCGUGUCGUUCAGCGAUAUGCGCAGUGCGGCUUCGACUGCGAACAACUUCCGCGAGAGGCACGGAGAGCAGGUUGCGACGGGGGUGCACACAGCAAAUGGACUCAACCAGAAAUACGGUGUAAUGAACCGGGUCAACGGGCUGGCAGCAGGGAGCGGGACAGCAGGGCCCAGCAUUGCAAGCCCCGUGGGGAAGAAGCCGCCUCCGCCUCCCCCGAAGAGGAAGGACUUGACCGGAGACACGGGAGGCCCGCCGCCAGUCCCAUUCAGCAGCAAGCCGAGGCAGUGAUCAAAUGAUGCAAGGGUAUCUCGGCCGUAGGUACGAGAUAGCCAAUCAGAGGCGCUACUGGAAGUAUUUUAGCGGGUCUCACAUUAACGCCUUUACCUUUACCUUGCAGCAAAUAACAGGAAAUGUUCAGUUUGACGUCCGUCACCGUGAAGCGAGAUGGUGAUACGUGUACGGAGUAGAGAAGAGACCCAGUUAGGAUAUGUAGAGCCUCUGUGUGCUCUAGACCUUUUCACCCAUACCUGGGACUCGGGAUAGGAGCUAGGCAAGGAGUACUCUGUAGGGACUGCUUGUAUCGUCCCCUGUCUCGCUAUACGGUGGAUCUCGGUUCGCGGUGACGGAUAUUGGUCGAUAUCGGCUGUAAUUAAACUCAACAUCAAGUUCAGUCAAUAUACUAACGUCCGUCAC